AUGAAUUAUGAAGUUAAAAUAGUUGGAGUAGAGAUCCAUUUUGAUAAUGUUUUCUACAUUUUGAGAAUCAUAAAUACACAAACUUCUGGACAUAGGGAUAUUAGAAUCAAAUUUAGUUAAUUAUAAGAAUUGCAUUCUUCUUUAAUGUAGAAUAUCCAAAAUUUUGAUUAUGAUGUAUAUUUAAUACUUAUAUAUAAGUUUCCCUUAUUUCCUAAUAAAUAGACUGAAAAUAAAGAACAAAUAUUAUCAGAAUAUUUUAAAUAUCUAAUUUAUAGACCACCACAUUUUAACAAACCAUUGGAAGCAUUAUUACGUGAUGGAGCAGAUAUAUUUCGAUUAAAAGAACUAACAAAAGAAAUAUCAAGUAAACAAGAUCUUUUAAAAUUGAUCGAACCCGAAAAAAUUCUUUAUAAAUCACUUUUUGGUAAGUCCACCCUUUGUAAAUUUUAAGGAAAAAAAGUAAUUUUACAUAAAUUCUACGUUCUUAAAGGAGUUUAAAGUGAUGAAUUGUUUAAAAACUAUUUAAAAACUCAUUUAUUAUUCACCGAUUUCACUUAUAUAUGUCAAGUAAUUCACAUUUUCUUUUUACAUGCCAAAUUUAAUUUAAUUGAUAGCAUAUUUUCAAAUACUAAAUAACCUAGAACUUGUAAAAAGUAGCAUUUUUAACAAGUUUUCUCAGAAAUGUGUAAGUAGAAUUUAGUUAAAUUAUUCUCUAUUGAAGUUUAUGAAGGAUAAAACCUAGAAGAAAUUAUUAAAGAGAAAAAAAUGAAAAAGACUCCAUUCACAUAAUAUGAACUUUUACUUUUAAUCUAAAAUUUAUUAGAAGCAUUAAUUUUCUUGCAUAAUAACGAGUGUUAUCCUAAUAGAGUAACUGCAACAGAUAUUAUUAUCAAUAAAGAAAAAGUUAAAUUAACAGGAAUAAAUGAACCUAAUGAAAAAUAUAAAGAAAGAUUUAUAGUAGAGGGAUAUGCUUUAAGAUCUGAUAAAGAAUUUGAUUAAAUUUAUAUUCCACCUGAAAGGAUGGAUUCCUUUUAAAUUAAUCCAGAAUUAACAAACACUUGGUAAUUUGGAAUUUGUAUAUUGAAGGCAGCUCUCCUAUACACAAAUAGAGAGUUAAAUGGAAUAUAUUAAUAAAAUUUUGUUAAGGAGUUAAUUUAAAAAAUAAAAAACAAAUACGGGUAAUGAAAUUUAUUGUUAAUUUAGAUAAGUGAGGAAAUAGCCAAAAUUAUAAAACUAAGUUUGAAAGAAUCAUUGUCUUCUCGAGCCGAGAUCAAAUAUCUUUAUACCUUAGCAACUUAAAAUUCUAUUAUACCAUUUUAGAGUGUUUUUUUGAAUCAAACUCAAGAAGAAUCUUCGAAAUUUUUCAGGAUUAAUUGUCUAGACUAAAAUGAAUAAUCAAGACUUAAAGAUCAACUUUAAAAAUCUACAACUAUCUCUAUUAAAAUUAAUUUAUUUGAAUAAGAAGUUGAAACUUAAAAAUUCGAAACAUUGAUGUAAUUAUUAGGAGAUCUUGCAAUAAUAAAAGAUCUCGAAAUUAUAUUGAAUAAGUAAUAUUAUUUUUAGGACUAAAAUUAGGGCAAAGUUUAUUAAUAUUAAUAGUAUACUCUGUAGUUUAGCAAACAUUACAACUGUGAUUAACUUAAACUUAGAUAUAAAGGGAAUAAAAAUGAAUCAAGAUGACAUUAUAUAUGGUAUAUAAAUAAUAAAAUAAAUGAAUUUGAUUAAACGUUUAACAGUUGACUGUUCGAGUAUGGAUUUUAUCAAUUUUUUAAAAGC